UGACAGGCAUCGCUGAAAAAUGCCAACAUGGAUCCGUGGCAAGGACGAUGUUCUUCCCAAAAAUAACAGCGAAAGGGACAUCGGGACUCAACCUAUGUCGCAAAUCCACACUUUGGACGUUUCAAUCCAUAUUAACGCGAGUGUUUACAAACCGUGGUGCUCAUUGGUGACACCUUCACCCUUCCUCUGAUCUGCACACCAACAAAUGGUCUCCAUAAGUGACAAAGCGGUGGCCACUGCUAAUGAAUCGUUUGCGGACCACGCCCUGGCCACCGUGCCCUUCCUUGAGGUGGGUGGUAGCGAGAGCAGCGAGCGGGGCAGCUCCAUUUCAUGCUCCAGUCCUGAAACCGGAGACGCUGGAGCUCAGCUCAGCUUCAGCCCAGGCGAGGAAGAUGAGGAGGAAGGGCCGCUGCAAAUUUAUUUAGACUCAACUGAGGACUUGUUGGUCCAGCUGCCCAAGCUGCCCGAUUUUAUAUCGGAGCUCCACAGCUCCUUCUCUCCAACCCUGGAGGACAUUGAGGAGUUCCUGAUGGAGAAGAUGGAGCUGGUGAAAGAUGUUCCUCCAAGUCCAGAAGAACAGGCAAAUGACGAAGAGCCUCCAGUACAACCGUCUUCCCCUAGUGAGCACAGUGAUGCAGGGCAGAAAUCAAUUACUCCAACACCUCCUGCGACUCAGAGUGUUACCGCCACACCGAGUGCUGCUCCAGUGCUUGUUGGUGCUCCAUUGGUGCUUCAGUUGCAGCCUCUCCAGAUAAGCCACGCCCUUCCGCCGCCAGACGCUCAAAGUGGCGUGACUAACGGGAUCCAAUUGGCCCACCUGGUGCUUGGUGUCCAAGGGGCACAGAACAUUACCCUACUUUCACCACAGGUGCCCUCGACAACUCUCCUCCCCAUCGUGGGUGAGGCCAUGAACCAAGACCAAAAGUAUGUGAAGAUCGCCCCCCUGCCGAUCACAGUCAGAGCAGUUGGAAUCGCUGGCACGGGCCUGAUCAAAGCCAUCACACCACGUCCAUCCAGGUCCUCCACAGAAACCCUGAGGGUACAUAAGUGCUCUCACCCAGGGUGUGAGAAGAUGUACACCAAGAGCAGCCACCUGAAAGCUCAUUUCCGCAGGCAUACGGGUGAGAAGCCAUACCUGUGCAGCUGGCCAGACUGUGGGUGGAGGUUCUCUCGCUCUGAUGAGCUCUCUCGCCAUCGGCGCUCUCACUCGGGAGUCAAGCCUUACGAGUGCACAAUGUGCGACAAAAAGUUCGCCAGGAGCGACCACCUAUCUAAACACACCAAGGUGCACCGUGGUCCACGUGCUGGCAGACUGGUCCGGACAAACGUCUGACCCUUGGAUCCUCUAACAGACAUGGAAUCUCUUGAUCAAUCAAGUUUUCGAGAGAAAGCUAUGAUAUCGAAACAAGCUCACAAGCUGUAACCCUCCGCCUUCAUUUUUGUCUCUCUUUCCUCCCCCACUUUUUUAUAGUUUAUCCAGAUGUUUGUUUUUCUUGGUGCUGCAGUCAGCAAACUUGAAACUCAGGGAUGUGAUUGUUAAGCUCAGAGAAGAUUUCUGACUUUUUGGUGGGCUAAAGUCAGGCUCAUGUUUAAUUUCAUCACAUUUUCAUCCAUUAUUUGUCUAAAGCUACAGGUUUAGCUGCAGCAGAUUAUGGGAUUUGUUUUAUUGCCUUUAAAUAGAGGUUACAGAAAGUGUGGAGAUUUAACGGGCAAUAUGGAAUAUAAUUAGAGAAAAAGAGUGUCUUGUACAUUUUGUGAAUAUUAUGUUAUAGGUCUAACCAGGUGAACAUCCAAACAGAGUUUAAUAUUUUUAGUUGGCUCUAGUGUCUUAAAUAAAGCAAAAAUGCUGCAGAAUUUCCCUUCCUUUUAAAUUAAAUGGAGAAAAUAUGCACUAUGAUUUAGGCUAUGAUAAUAUGGAUUAUCAUAUCAAAUAUGGGUGUCAUUAUUGAGUCUUUUGAAACAAUCAAGAAAUGCUCAGGUCAUAUUUCACCCCAAAAUUUAAAAAUAAAAAGACAUUUAGCAUCAAUUACAUUAAUUGAAGCCUAUUUUAGGACCAUUAUAUAUUUUUUGUAUUGUUUUUAUAAAAAUGUAACAUGGCUUAGAUGAACAUUUUGGGGGGGGGAUAAUUACUGUAAUGUAAUGCAAAAAUAUGAUUCUGUUAUUGUUCUUGUUACUACUACUAAAUAAUUAUUUAGAUUGUAAAGUACAUUUGUAAAGUGUAAUUAUAAGUAUAUACACUCGCAGCCAAAAGUUUGGAAUAAUGUAUAAAUUUAGCUUUUAUUCACCAAAGUGGCAUUCAACUGAUCACAAUGUAUAGUCAGGACAUUAAUAACGUGAAAAAUUACUAUUACAAUUUGAAAAAAAAAAUGUUCAGAACUUCUUAAACUACUUCAAAGAGUUCUCAUCAAAAAAUCCUCCAUGUGCAGCAAUGACCGCUUUGCAGAUCCUUGGCAUUCUAGCUGUCAGUUUGUCCAGAUACUCAGGUGACAUUUCACCCCACACUUCCUGUAGCACUUGCCAUAGAUGUGUCUGUCUUGUCGGGCACUUCUCACGCACCUUACAGUCUAGCUGAUCCCACAAAAGCUCAAUGGGGUUAAGAUCCAGAACACUCUUUUCCAAUUAUCUCUUGUCCAAUGUCUGUGUUUCUUUGCCCACUCUAACCUUUUCUUUUUGUUUUUCUUUUUCAAAAGUGGCUUUUUCUUUGCAAUUCUUCCCAUAAGGCCUGCACCCCUGAGUCUUCUCUUUACUGUUAUACAUGAAACUGGUGUUGAGCGGAUAGAAUUCAAUGAAGCUGUCAGCUGAGGACAUGUGAGGCGUCUAUUUCUCAAACUAGAGACUCUGAUGUACUUAUCCUCUUGUUUAGUUGUACAUAUGGCCUUCCACAUCUCUUUCUGUCCUUGUUAGAGCCAGUUGUCCUUUGUCUUUGAAGACUGUAGUGUGCACCUUUAUAUUAAAUCUGCAGUUUUUUGGCAAUUUCAAGCAUUGUAUAGCCUUCAUUCCUCAAAACAAUGAUUGACUGAUGAGUUUCUAGAGAAAGUUGUUUCUUUUUUGCCAUUUUUGACCCAUUGUUGACCUUAAGACAUGCCAAUCUAUUGCAUACUGUGGCAACUCAAAAACAAACACAAAGACAAUGUUAAGCUUCAUUUAAUGAACCAAAUAGCUUUCAGCAGUGUUUGAUAUAAUGGCAAGUGAUUUUCUAGUACCAAAUUAGCAAUUUAGCAUGAUUACUCAAGGAUAAGGUGUUGGAGUGAUGUCUGCUGGAAAUGGGGCCUGUCUAGAUUUGAUCAAAAAUGACUUUUUUCAAACAGUGAUGGUGCUGUUUUUUACAUCAGUAAUGUCCUGACUAUACUUUGUGAUCAGUUGAAUGCCACUUUGGUGAAUUAAAGCACCAAUUUCCUUCCGAAACAACAAAAUCUGUACAUUAUUCCAAACUUUUGGCCGCCAGUGUAUCAUCAUAGUAUUUGUUGAACUGAAUUUAAAUUAGCUGAUCUAAAAGUAAAAACAAUAUAUAAUUGUGUCAAUAUAACAUUACGAUGCAGAAAUGCUUAACUGUCUUUAAGCAAAAUAUAAUUUAUAUAAUUUCAUUCUAUUAAUUAUUGACAUUUUGUUUAAAUAAAGAUUUUUGCUUUAAUGAAAACUUAGUAUACAGUAUGUAAGGGUUGUUUCAGAAUAUAAAUAUCAUAAAAAUCUCAUUCUCAAUACUGUAACCUGAAAAAUGUUUUUUUUUUUCUGUAAAUCUAAUUAUUAAAUGAUUAUUUCAGUUGUAAAGUACAUUUGUAGAGUACAAUUGUAUAUAUUAUCUACUUCACGGUAGUAUUUGUUGCAUUGAAUUUAUCAUUAUUUUUAUUUAAAAAAAACAAGUUAAUUAUUUUUUAUUACUGUAUUAGUUUUUAUUUUAUUUUUUAUUAUUGUAAUUAAAUUUUUUUUGCAUUACAAUAAU